GUCAUGUGAUACCCGCCCAGUCUGUUCUACUACUAUCACAGGCGCAGCUUCAGCCAAUUUCAGUGUUCGAACCCGUAUAAUAUCUGCCUACUGAAAACAAUUCCAUCCGCACAUCUGCAUAAAACUGCACAGUUCUCGUUGUAUAACUAAAUUUCUUUUAUCCUUCUCAGAGCAGAAUGGACUGGGAUCGGAAUAGAAGGUUUGAUGAUCACCGCGGUGGAGAGAGCUAUCGCCCAGCAGGUCCUCGUGGUUAUAUCAGACGCAGUAGAUCGCCACGGAACCGUUCCCCCCGCCUAGUUGCUGAUACCUGGGUGCCAUCUUCAAAUCGAUCAUAUGGUCGUGUACGCAGUCGGUCACCUCCGGCUUUUAGGAGUCGCUCGUCCCGGAGCCCGUCUUUCUACCACAGGGACAGUGCCCCUGGCUCAUACAUGAAGACAUACUCGCCUCCUAGACGGUUUUCACCCAGGCGCGAAGGACGACCCAGGUCUCCUGGCCCUAGCUCAUGGCGUUUACGAUCACCGUACACCGACAGCCGACCUCGUGAUUUCUCUAGGGAUAGGAACAUGUCAAAGCGGUUUCGGGAUCCAUCACCAGCUAAUCUAGACUAUAGAUCAGCGAGAAGAGAGCGUCCUCUGUUGGCUGUAUCUGAUCAGUAUUCGAGACCAACCUCACCUCCCAGGCGUAGCUUGUUGCGCGAUAACAUUGCCCGUGUACCGAUGGCUCCUCGAUCUCGAAGUCCAAUUCAAGAAGGCCGUAGGGAUCGCCAUGCAGAGAAUCACAUAACCCAAAGACGACGAUCACCCUCUCCUCGAGGCGUUCCUGCUGCAUACACCUCCGCUCCUGGCUCUGUUUCCAACUCGAGAAGGUCAUCGCCUUUAACAGAUAAGGUUGGUGUUUUCCAGUUGGACAACAGGGUUCGGUCACCGGCAUCUCAGCCGGUCCCUUGUCGGCGCUUGUCAAGGAACUCAGAGCAUUCUCCAUGUCGUCAAGAGCGUGCAACAUCGAACAAGACCAAGCCAAGCCAAGACGAGACUCGGCAUGAUUCUCUAGUUGUGGACCAAGCAAGUAGCACUUCAGGAAAAGGGGAUUCCGAUUCACUCGGUCGGGCUCCGUCUCUUGAAGUUCAGGGACAAGAUUCGGGUCAAUUAAAGACAGCACAUCAUGGAAGCGUGCCAAGUUACCCAAGGGCACAUAGCGUUGCGCAGGAGCAUUCGCCACCGUCUGGUCCGUCACAUGGAAUUAGGUCUCAGUCCUCUCAAGCUCGCAGUUCAAAUAUCUCACUUCUUUCGGCCCCGACUCGUCCUCGUGGGGGUCCAAGCUUCAAGGACAACAUUUGGGGCGGGGCUCCCGCUCGCCGUGGACUCGCGUUAGCUGGACCCAUUGGUCCCCCAACUGGUCCACGCAGUAGCCAUAUGUCCAUAGGACCGGGUUUGGAUGUCCACCGUCAUACUCCGUACCGACAAGGUAGUGUUACAGGGACUCCCUAUCCCCGCACCCCGAGGUACAUGAGUCAUCUUACCGGUCUGUGCUCAAUUAUAUCAGGAGGGAGAUCUCUCCCAUCUGACCUGGAUGCCCCUACGGAAAAGCGCCUUUUGCAAUUGGAUACGGACAAGGAUCGGCUAAUUGAACAAAUUGCAGACAGCCAAAGACUAAAACGGAUUGGGAUUCGAGACUGGGACAGACUAGAUAGAGAGAGCUCCAUUUGCGCUCUGAAAAGUGAACUCGCGGAGGGACACCUACAGCGCCUCACGGAUGGUGAAAGCGCACAUGUGAGCGCAAUCUUCUGAUUGCCUAAUAAUGAACAUUAUUUUCACUCAAGAAGGACGUGAAUUGUUAUUAAACUCUUUGACUCCACGCGUAUGACCAUCUCGGCAUUGUAUACUCCUUAUAUGAAACAGCCACGUAGAGCAAGAAAUGUAUAAGCGAUAGUAACAAUAAGAAAUUAAGCAAAGCGAGG